AUGAGUAUACGAUCAACCACCGGGGGAGUUAUCUGGGAAUCUACGCUGCACCGGCAGGUCUCGCCCUUGUCUCACGCCGUCGGCGCUUGGCAACUCACUGCGCCGAUGCUUACCCAAACCUCGGCCCAUUUCCACAAUACCCUUGUAAACUUGAUCCUGAAUGCCCCAGCGGUUGUUCUAGAGAACAGACCUCAAGACCAUCAUCAACCUCUUUGCGCAGGACUGAGGUUGACGGAUAUGGAGACGCCUCUGGCGCUAUUCAACACCACGGUCGAGCUGCUGAUGGGUGUGGCCCAGCUCAUCAUCAUCGCCGCAGAGUCCCCACCUCAUCUCCGCGAGAACGUCGACCCAUCCGGCACCCUCGAGCGUCAAACUGUGGCUCGAGCGGGAUCGGCGUCUCCCGACCGACGAUCAAUUCAGCGUGGGGCAGAAGCAGCUGUUGUGCCUGGCACGGGCCGUGGUUCGGGCCGGCUGGAUCCUUUUGCUGGACCAGGUGACCGCCAGGAUCGACUGGAGACCAAUCAGCCGGUGCGGACGAUGAUCUGCGAUCAUUUUGCCGCGGGAUCAUCAUUGUGCAUCGGAUCUCCACGAACCUAG